AUGAGUGAAGAUUGGGCGGGUGGUAAUAAUUUAUUAUCACUUCUUUCUCAUCCAUCCAUGUCAGAAACAGAUAGAAAAUCGAGACGUUUUCUUAAUGAACAAGCUCAUGGAUUUGGAAUGCCUCUUCGAAGCAGUGUAAAUUCUUUGAUAUCAUUUCGUAUGGCACGUCAAUCUUUACAAGUUUUCCCAGUGGAGUCUGACAAACCAAAAAAAAUUUUAAAUGAUAAACGUUUUGAGUUAUGGAAUAAAUAUUUAGAAGAACGCCGUCAAUUAAAUGAACGUUUGUCAAAAAAAUUAAAUCGUCCCAUUCAAUCAUUAAUUAUGAAUACAAUUGAAGCAUUCCGUUUAAAACAUGAAGAUCAGUUGAUAUUUGAUUAUAUAACAAUACUAGAUCCACCCGAUCCACAACGUGGUUCACCAGCAUUUUGGACAUUACCAAUACGUUUAUUACCAAAAUGUGCAAAUGAUGUAACCCCCCUAGAAGUACGAAUGGAUGCAAGAAAAAAAUGUCAAAUACCAGAAAUUGAAUAUAUUGCAGUACCCAAUCAUAUACGACAAGAAACGAAUACGCUUGAACGAACAAAUAAAAUGAUAGAAAAUUGGUAUAACAAGCCAUACCGUACACAAAAAAUUGAAGAAAAUCAAAAUCGACUAAAAUACAUUCAACCGCACAUACCUGAAAUGGACAAUUUAAUUGUAAUUGGUCAGAAAUGUGAAAAAGUAACUGACUCGAAUACAAGAACAACAAAAUUUGCUAGAAUUUUACCAAUAAUUACUGUAACCAAUCCGCAAGAAUAUGCCGAAGAUACUGCAGACGCUGAUAACGAUAAUGAGGACAAAGAUUUUUUUAAUACAGAUGGAAUUACUGAGUUAAAAAUUGAUAAUAUUCUUUUGAUUCCAAAUUGCACACCGAAAAUUUUCGAAAUCAUAAUUACCACAAAAAAAUAUACACUUUUAACGGAUCGAAAUCAAAUUUUGAAUGUAUUAUGUGAUCUUUUGGAGCCAAUUAAACAUAUUCCUACAGAAAAAAUUAAUAUUGAAUUUCGUAAACGUCGAUUGGUGUACAAUAUAUUAUGCCGAAUUAUUAAUGAUUUUGUUACCGAUGCUGUUAAAUUGGAGAAUCAUUUAAAUUUACGACUACCUACAGUAAGAUAUCCAAACAUUGAUCAAUUGGUUCCGUAUCAAGAAUUUAAUGUUUACAAAGAAGAAAAACAAAUGUUAUUUAUAGAAAAUAGCGAUGAAUCAUUGGUUAAAAAAUGUUUAAAGACAAUUGAUCGUCGUAUAAGUGUAAUGGAUGAUAAAAUACGGCCACCAAUUAAAUAUAAAAGUCGAAUGAAACAAUCUAUAGAAAUGGAGAAACCAAAAGAUCGAUACAUGAUCUAUAAAAAUGUAAAUAUUUUGAAUGAAGUACAACCACCAAAUAGCACUGCUGCAACCACAUCAAUAGCAGUAACUAAAGCAAAAGUCAUGAAAUCAAUUUUACCACCAAAAUCUUUAGGAGCAAGUACAUCAGAAACAAGAUCCGAAUUAUCAGAUUAUGAAUAUAACAGUGAACAGAAAACCAGAAAUAUGAAAAUUUAUGAGGAAAUAUUAUAUUUAAAAACCUAUUUACAUUUUCAACGAGCAUGUGAUGAAAUUACAUCUGUAAUUGACUCAUGCAAUUCAUCGGUACGUAAGCCAACAUUAUCAUUGUUAAAACAUUUGUAUGACAAUUUACAUAAUUUAAAUUAA